AUGUUCAAUAACAGGCACUGGGUAUUCCAACAAGAUUCGGCGCCAGCUCAUAGAGCGAAGAGCACACAAGACUGGCUGGCGGCGCGUGAAAUCGACUUCAUCCGGCACGAAGACUGGCCCUCCACAAGUCCAGAUUUGAAUCCGUUAGAUUACAAGAUAUGGCAACACUUGGAGGAAAAGGCGUGCUCAAAGCCUCAUCCCAAUUUGGAGUCACUCAAGACAUACUUGAUUAAGGCAGCCGCCGAUAUUGACAUGGACCUCGUUCAAAUAAAGGAAGAUUCCGCUGUUGAUUCUCACUUGAACUAUGCACACAUAAAGCUCAUGUGUCUGAAUAGAGACAAAAUAUGUAGAAAUGAUGGUACUAACUUAUGCGCCGUACGCUUCGUGGACAAAAACAAACAAUACAAAGAUUUUGAAAAUGCUUGCUAUUUAUUUUAUAAUAACAUGUGCGAGAAUCCGGGCAAAGAAUUUGCCAUAGUGACCAGCGGUAGUUGCGAGCAGUACAAUAAUUCGCGAAGAAACACCUUACGUAAUGGACCAGUUGCAGAUGCUAAGAAUGGAACAUCAACAGCGAAAACAACUAUGAGCACCCUGUAUAGCAUCGUUACGGCCUUUGACCAGCACGUAUGCCCGCUCUCGUGUCCGGACAUAUACAACCCUGUGUGCGUCAAUGUUAACAGGCGAUUGGGAAAAUACGCUAAGCUAUUACAUUUCGUAAAUCAUUGCGCCGGGGAUGUGUACUAUUGUAAGCACCAGGAAGAAUUUAGUCCAGCGCCUCAAAAUGACGAGAAAGUUGAAACCUCCCUUCUGAGUUGGUCUUAUUGUGGAUCCAUAAGAUAUCUGCAACUCGCUCGCUUCUCCGAGAUGACAUCGUCCAUGGGUCAUUACGGAUGGUUGUCUGGAAACUACAAGUACUCUCACAUUAUGGAGCCUCACGAAAGAAUGAAGGGAUAUGGAUAG